GGAGUCUGUACUGAGCCGGACUUUUUCGUAAAACAAACGUCUACUCGCUACUUUUUCGUCAACAGAGCCAAGCUGAGUUUUAUUGAGUUAAAAAGCAGUGCCUCUGUGCGCAAAGGGGACAUCUGUGAUCUUUACACACGGGUAAUUAUAUCCUCGUUUCCUCCACCACAGUUCGACUGUAAUGAUCGAGAUCACACACACACACACACACACACACACACACACGAGGACGAUUUUAGAGUUGGUCGUGCGUUUGUUUUCUCUGUCCUCCUAUAUUUCCCCCCGAACUUCCUAAAUGUCUUCGCAUGGUUUGUGGGAAUCUGGCCUUGACACGUUUUAAAAAUGAGAAGUCACCAUCCACCCUGGUGGUUGAACGGGUUGAAGUGUCUAACAAUGGAUAGUUUGGAUGCUGUUUUGCCAGUGUUUGUUCUAGGCUGGAAAACAACUCAAAGAUGGAAAGGAACACCACCUCCAGCGGGCGAUCUCCGCCCAGCAGGUUUAUGGAGAGAAGAAGGAUAACAUGGUGAUUCCCGUCCCAGAGGCAGAGAGCAACAUCGCCUACUAUGACUCCCUCUACCCCGGAGAUUUCAAGAUGCCAAAGCAGCUCAUUCACAUACAGUCUUUCAGUCUGGACACGGAGCAGCCAGACUAUGAUCUGGACUCGGAGGAUGAGGUGUUUGUGAAUAAGUUGAAGAAGAAGCUGGAGGUGGGGGCCCUGCAGUUCGAGGUGAUGAUAGACAGAUUGGAGAAAGGCAGCGGACAACAGCUGGUAACUCUACAGGAAGCAAAACUUUUACUGAAGGAGGAUGAUGAUCUGAUCAGGGAGGUGUUUGAAUACUGGAGCAGGAAGAGGAAACUGUGUAAAAAUGGGUCCCUCAUCCCAACCAUCAAACAGGAAAAGAGGGAUGGUUCCAGCACUAAUGACCCCUACGUGGCCUUCAGGCGCAGGACCGAGAAGAUGCAGACGAGAAAGAACCGUAAGAAUGAUGAGGCAUCAUAUGAGAAGAUGCUCAAACUAAAAAGGGACCUGAGCCGAGCCGUCACCAUCUUAGAGAUGAUCAAGAAACGAGAGAAGAGCAAACGAGAACUGCUCCACCUCACACUGGAGAUCGUCGAGAAGAGGAACACCACGCCAGACUUCGGCUCAGAAGUGAUGGCAGAAGCACUAGCUAUGGCUAAACCAGUUUAUAAGAUUCCCAUAUUGCCCUUCUCCAACAGCACUCAAUACCGCCACCAGGAUCAUAUGGACUUUAAAGACUACAAGACCAAGCCUGAGAAGGCAGAAGUGAUCAGAACGAAAAGGAAGUACGAGAAGAAACCCAAAGUCCUGCCUCUCUCAGCACCCUUGCACACUGGCCCCUCCCUCUUUAACCCCAAAGACCUCAACCAGUACGACUUCCCCAGCUCUGAUGACGAGCCCUUUUCACAGAUGCAUUCUGGGUCGUCAGAGGCGGAGGAAGAAAAUGAGCCUGACGGAGCAUUUGCCUUCAGGAGGAAAGCAGGAUGCUUUUAUCAUGCCGCCCGUUUGGAUCAGAGUGGCAGUUGGCCCUGGUGUGGAGAAUCAGAGGGAGGGUCUUGUGACCCGCGGUUCCGGUACUCCCUUACCACUCUUACCGCUCCCCGACGCUGUGUCGGGUUGGCAAGGCGACGGGCGGGGCGAGGCGGCAGGAUUCUCCUAGACAGAGCAUAUUCGGAUUUGGACGAUUUAUUUCAAAGUCUGGAUUCAGAGCCGGACUUCUCCUUUCCUGCUUCUCCUAUCAAUAUGGAAACCACUUCCCAAGCCAAUACCUCAACCCACACAUCGUCUUCAUCACAGUCAUCAUCCUCUUCUUCACAUCUGGCGUAUUCAGACCUGAGACAGAUCCUACGAAACAUCAAAGCUUGCCGCUGGAGGCACUUUAAACCACGGACACUAACCAGCCUAUCAGGGACCAGUGAUACGCUGUCACGGAUACAGAGGUUUAGAGGGUUGGUCAGGGGCAGCACUGGACUUGGCGGCAGUACGCAGGGCAGAUCGGCAGGCAUGGGACCAGCUGCAGUAGCGUUCACAGCUGAACAGUAUCAGCAGCAUCAAGAACAGCUGGCACUUAUGCAGAAACAACAGCUGGAGCAGACACAACAGCAGGCCAAUGACACGGCUGCCACUCAGUCUCUUGGGUCCAAGACAUUAGACUUUGUCAGCGCGCAUUUUGCCGCCUCUGCUCUGAUGACCUCUGACCAGCUUUUGACCCUAAAGAUCAAAGAGGAUGGCGUAGUAGGAAGUGGAGUCAAUGGGGUCAUCCAGGCUUCAGGAGUUUACAGGGGAUUGAGUAUCUCUGCCACAUCCUCUGCUUCUGUCCUCACUAGCCAACCAUCUUUAGCCGCUGCCCCACCAACCUUCUCCUCCACUAGCAACUGCAACACUAGCUCCACCCACACUCUCCACAACCCUAUAGGUAACCACAGUAACAACACAGCGAACUCCACCUCUCAGGUUCUGAUCGGCAACAACCUGCGUCUGAGUGUGACCACGCCCUCUAUCGCUAGUCUGAAUGCCCGUCACCUUCCCAGAAGUCUCAGCAACAUGCCGCCCGCUGCCUUGAAGCUUGCCGCAGCUAGCAACUGUCAGCUUCCCAAAGUCAGCACUGGGGAGAAUCACGAACAGGAAAAGCAGUCCCUCAACAGUAUAGCAGAGAACACAGUCGCCAUGGAGGUGACGUAGUGACCAUUGCCUGGGCGACGUUCUUUUUCUGUCAAGUCCAGUCUUCUGGUGCUGUGCACCAUUUAGGUUUGGGGAAACAAAAGGACAACAGGUUUCCAGGGCAACUGUCUGAACAUGACAGCAAAUUUCAUCUUGUCUUUAUCCUACAC